AUGGGGAAGUCCUCCAAGGACAAGCGAGAUGCCUACUACCGUCUUGCCAAAGAACAAAACUGGCGGGCGAGGUCCGCGUUCAAGCUUAUCCAAAUCGACGAGCAGUUUGACCUAUUUUCAUACGCCGAUCCGUCACAAUGUACAAGGGUGGUCGACUUGUGCGCUGCGCCCGGCAGCUGGAGCCAGGUCCUGUCCCGUAUACUGAUCAAGGGCGAGAGUUUUGGUCGCAGAGCGUGGGUUGAGAAAAUGGAGCAAUUCCGCAAUCACACAGUGGCAGACUCUUCGGAGGCCACGGUAGACGAUCUAACCAAAGCGACGAAUACCCUGAACCUAGAGCGAGCGAAGUCCGAGCUCAAACCGCGUCAAAAUGUCAAAAUCGUUGCGAUUGACCUUCAGCCCAUGGCUCCGCUAGAGGGUAUUGUUCAGCUCAAGGCCGACAUAACCCACCCGUCGACUGUGCCUCUGCUUCUCAAGGCCAUCGACCCUGAUUUCGACGAGCACAACGAGACUCACCGUGUCGACCUGGUGAUUAGCGAUGGGGCACCGGACGUGACCGGUCUUCACGACCUUGACAUUUACGUUCAAUCACAGCUACUGUACUCGGCCCUCGCCUUGGCAAUGAAGGUCCUCCGACCUGGAGGCAAGUUUGUCGCGAAGAUCUUCCGGGGCAGAAACGUGGACAUCAUCUUUGCCCAGCUGAAACUGGUCUUUGAGCGGGUCCAUGUUGCCAAACCGCGGUCCAGCAGAGCGAGCAGUAUCGAGGCAUUCGUGGUCUGCGAGGGAUACCGUCCGAUCAAAGACUGGACUCCUGAGCUCGGGGAUGCGCUGAAGAUCCCCCAGCCCUCCAGCACGACCCAGUACACGCCCUCGGACAAACAAACUCGACGACUACGCGAUGAUGGUGUUGUUGAGCUGUCUUUUGAAGACGAAGAGAGCGAUCCGCAAAGAUGGAUCGCCCCGUUCCUCGCUUGCGGCGAUCUUUCAGCUUGGGAUGCAGAUGCCACGUAUAAGCUGCCCGAAGGCCAUAAGAGUCUGGAUCCAAUCCAGCCUCCGACGGCGCCUCCGUACAAAGAGGCUCUUGAGCGGAGGAGAAUCGAGUCUGGAGCCUAUGGGAAGACGAAAGGACGAUCGAAACAAGCCGCAACAUGA